UACGUUCGUCGAUUUUGAUGACAUGACCCAUCGACCUCUAGCUCUCCGACAACGACCGAAGGAGAUCAGACGAAAGAUCGAAGUUUAUCUUGAAUUUUCGCCUGGAAACGACCGAUCAUGCUGCAGCAGGUAUUACGUACAGGAAGCCAGGUGAGGCCAGCUCUAACCGUGCUGGUGAGGCGCAACCUCGGGGUCAGUAGCGUCGUCAUGGCCAAGACCAAAGCUGCAGCACCUGCAGACCCGGUCCAGAAGCUCUUUGUGGAUAAAAUCAGGGAGUACAGUAACAAGAAGAAGUCAGCUGGUGGUAAAUUGGUUGACUCUGAUCCUCAGACCGAGAAAGAGAUGCAGACGGAGAUUGGAAAACUCAACAAGAUGUUCGGAGGAGGUGACAUGACGCAAUUCCCUACAUUUGAAUUUAAAGAUAUUGACUUUGCCGCGGAAGAGAAAAAAUAAAUGAGAAGUCAUCAUUGUGUACAUAGAGACUCAAUGAAUUAGAUAAAGGCCAUUCAUUAUCUAUACCUUUGUGCAGUGAAUAUCAGAGAGAAAUGAUCUCUUCUCAUCCAUCCAGGCAUAUACUCUAUGUGGCAGCAACAUAAUCUAUGUGGUAGCAACAUAUUGUAUGUGUCAACAACAUACUCAAUUAGGCAGCAACUGUCUCUGUGUUUCAGCAACUUAUUCUUUUGGGGGAAUAAAAUACUCUUUGUUGCAGCAACAUAGUCUAUUUGGCAGCAGCAUACUCGUUUGAGAGCAACUUACCCAUUUUGGCAGCAGCGUACUCUCGUGGCCGCAACAGUUCAUCAUUUCUAUGAACCUCUGCAAUAUCAAGAUUGUAUUUGAUGGGUUCUUACAGCACGUAAUCUGUUUUUAGGAGUAUUUUCUCUCCUCUUUUGUGAAGGGGGGCGGAGGGGGGGGGGGUAUUUUUACAUACUGUACAUGACCUGAUAUGACCGAAUGGCAAUUUGAUUCGAUGGAAAACUUGAAUAGAGAUGGUAUUUGAUGCAUUUGUGAGCAUUUGGGGUUGAUUCAUGCCAUAUUAUAGCAUUGGAAGAGUGUUAUAUUGAAUUUAUACAUGUGAAGAUAUCGUCGCAAUGCACUGAAAUUCAAUCAGUGUUUGAAAUAAAUGAUGUAUAGACUUUA